UUUUAAAUAAAAAGGAUGGGUGCCGCCAUCGAAUGGCUCAGGAAUUUGGCAAAAAGUGUAAAGAAGCAACAUAGGAAAGCCGGGACUAGUGUGGACACGCGGUUUGAGCUGACCAAAAGAGAGAUGGUGCAACCUGUGCCUGAGUAUAUUGAAUUUCCCAAAGAAGAAGAAAAAGUACUUCAGUUUUGGAAAGAUGUUGAUGCCUUUAAAACAAGUUUAAAACUAUCAAAAGGAAGACCAAGGUUUACCUUUUAUGAUGGUCCACCAUUUGCUACUGGAUUACCUCAUUAUGGUCAUAUAUUAGCAGGAACCAUUAAAGAUAUUGUUACACGAUAUGCUCAUCAGUCUGGAUAUCAUGUAGAAAGGCGAUUUGGCUGGGAUUGUCAUGGCUUACCUGUUGAAAUAGUUGGAAGAAUAGGUAGAUGGAUAGAUUUUGACAAUGAUUAUAAAACUCUUUAUCCUUCUUUUAUGGAAAGUGUUUGGUGGGUUUUUAAAGAACUCUACAAUAAAGGAUUGGUAUAUAGAGGUGUAAAGGUUAUGCCAUAUUCAACUGGAUGUAAUACACCUUUAUCAAAUUUUGAAUCUGGGCAAAAUUACAAAGAAGUUAUUGAUCCAGCAGUUUUUGUGAGCUUCCCUAUUGAUGGAACAGAAGAAAGUUUGAUUGCAUGGACAACCACACCUUGGACUUUACCUAGUAAUUUAUCAGUGUGUGUUAAUCCUGAGAUGAUUUAUGUUAAAAUUAGAGAUAAUUCAGUGAAUAAGAUAUAUAUUAUGAUGGAAGCAAGAUUAGAAGCACUUUAUAAAAAACCAGAGGAAUACACUGUUUUAGAAAGCUUCAAAGGAGAAGUAUUAAAGGGUAAAAGAUAUGAACCUCUUUUCCAGUAUUUUUCCCAUUUAAAAGAGAAAGGGGCAUUUCAAGUUCUUUGUGAUAGUUAUGUAACAGAAGAAAGUGGUACUGGUGUGGUACAUCAAGCACCAUAUUUUGGAGAAGAUGACUUUCGUGUUUGCCUUAAUAACGGUAUUAUUUCCAAAGAUCAAGAAAUGAUAUGUCCAAUAGAUGCAAAUGGAAGAUUUAUAGAGCCUGUCAGUGAUUUUGUUGGACAGUAUGUAAAAGUAAGCAGAACUUUAGCUCAAAAAAAGAAAGAUAUUGUAUCAAAGUUUAGAAUUCCUGUGAGUGGUUUAUCAACCAUAAUAAGAAACUGUGAAUCAGUUUUGAAAUUAUCCAAUGAUGCAAGAUCUACAGGAAAAUGUGCUAGAACCUGCAUUUAUAUGGAUGCAGAUAAAGCAGUUUUAAUGCUCUUAAUAAAUAGGGUUCCAGACUUUGUAAAAGAAAAAAGAUUUGCCAAUUGGCUGAGAGAUGCUCAUGAUUGGGCUAUAUCUAGAAAUCGUUACUGGGGAACUCCUAUUCCUUUAUGGAUAAGUGAGGAUCAAGAAGAAAUUGUUUGUGUGGGUUCUAUAAGUGAACUUGAGAAGUUAAGUGGUCAAAAAGUAAAUGAUCUUCAUAGAGAAACAGUUGAUAAACUUACAAUUCCAUCAAAAAUGAAUAAGGGAGUACUUCGUCGUAUAUCAGAAGUAUUUGACUGUUGGUUUGAAAGUGGAAGUAUGCCUUAUGCCCAAGUGCAUUAUCCUUUUGAAAAUAAAAAAGAAUUUGAAGAAAAUUUUCCAGCUGAUUUUAUAGCAGAAGGAGUAGAUCAAACUAGAGGAUGGUUUUAUACUCUUCUUGUAUUGUCUACUGCACUUUUUGGAAAACCACCUUUCAAAAAUUUAAUAAGUAACGGAUUAGUCUUAGCAAGUGAUGGGCAAAAAAUGAGUAAAAGAAAGAAGAAUUAUCCAGAUCCAGUAGAAAUUGUCAAUAAAUAUGGUGCUGAUGCAUUAAGAUUAUAUUUAAUAAAUUCCCCCGUUGUCAGAGCUGAGAAUUUGCGAUUUCGAGAAGAAGGUGUAAGAGAUAUUUUAAAAGAUGUUUUCUUACCAUGGUAUAAUGCAUAUAGGUUUUUAGUGCAGAAUGUUGAAUUGUUUGAAAAGGAAUGGAAUAUACAGUUUAGAUAUGAUGAAAUUUCAUCUACAAAAUCAAAUAAUUUUAUGGAUCAAUGGAUAUUAUCAUUUACACAAAGCUUAGUUUUAUUUGUGAAGAAGGAAAUGGCAGCUUAUAAGCUGUAUACAGUUUUACCUCGAUUAGUCAAAUUUGUGGAUCAUUUGACAAAUUGGUAUGUUCGAAUGAAUAGGAAGAGACUUAAGGGUGAAGGAGGAAAAGAAGAUUGCAGAAUGGCAUUAGAUACUUUAUUAGUUGUUUUAUACACAAUGAUACGUAUGAUGGCACCAUUCACUCCUUUUUUAACUGAAUUAAUGUAUCAAAAUCUCAGGCAUCUAAUUACUGAAAAUAAGUUAGAAUCAAAUGAGAGUGUUCACUAUCUCAACUUUCCAGAAUCUCAAGAGAGUCUUAUAAAUAUAGAAGUUGAAAGGAAAGUCUCUAGGAUGCAAGCAGUUAUUGAAUUAGGUAGGCUGCUGCGAGAUCGAAGAACUUUACCAAUUAAAUAUCCUCUUCCUGAACUGAUAGUAAUUAAUGAAAAUCAAGAAUACCUUGAUGAUGUGCUUUCUUUGCAGAAUUAUAUACUAGAGGAAUUGAAUAUUAGAACAUUAACUGUUACAACAGAUAAAAAAAAAUAUGGUGUUCGUAUAAAAGCAGAACCAGACAUUAAGGCUCUUGGAAUAAGACUUAGAGCAGCGUCAAAAGUUGUAGUUCAAGCUAUCCGAGAACUCAAUGAAGAAAAACUUCAGGAAUAUUUAAAUGGAGAAGAAUUAGAAGUUUGUGGUCAUAAAUUAGAAAAGGGUGAUAUUAGAAUAUCGUAUAGUUUUAGUGGAGAUUUGGCUGAUAAAUUAACUGAAAGCUAUGAGGCUCAUGCUGAUGAGAAUGUAUUAGUCUUAUUAAAUGUUAAUCAAGAUCAGUCUAUGGUUGAUGAAGGAGUGGCGAGAGAAGUCAUAAAUAGGAUACAGAAAUUAAGGAAAAAGGGACAUCUUGUUCCAUCUGAUUCAAUUGAAAUAUUUAUUAAAAUUGAACCAUCAGAACAUUCACUUCAAACAGUUGUUACUUCCUUUAAAACAUUUAUUGAAAAUACAUUGAAAGCUCCUUUGAAUUUUUUUCCUGUGCCUACUACAGCAUCUGUGAUAAUAGAAGAAACCACUAUGAUAAAAGGGGCAAGUUUGGAAAUGGUCAUAAUCAAAAGAGAAGAAGUAGAUUCUAGUGUUCCUGCAAAAGUGCCACGAUCUGAGUAUAAUAAUGUGAUAGGAGAUACUCCAAAUGACAUUGAAAAAGGUCCAGCUGUAUGUAGGUUUGUUAAUGUAGAAUUAUGUGAAUUAAAGCCACAGUUGGGUGCUACAAAUCAUCGAGGAACCAUUCUGCUAGAAAAUCCGAUUGGAAAUUUUAUGUUAAAUGGAAAGGAACUACAAAAACAAGUAAAAACCUUAUUUGGGUUACAUGGAAUGAAAAUUGGAAUCUACAGGAACAGAGACAAGCAGCAUGAAAUAAAUAACUUAUCUGUAGAAGAAUUGCUUAAUUUACACAUGCAUACAUUAUAUGUUUUUCCACAAUAAUUCUUAAGUAAUUAUAAUUGUAUGCAGUUUUAUAACAGUUACAAUUAAAUAAAAUUAUUACUGUU